UGUACAUAUAGCAGCAACUCAGCAAUUCUACUCUUAUAGACAAGGCAUCACAGGAUAGACCUGCUGGCUCUAGCUACCUCAUCAAGCACUACAACUGAAUUUUCUUCUCUGUUUAGAAAAGAGAGAGGGAAGGAAGACCAUGGGUUCUGUCUCGGAGGACUCUUUCUCGGCGCCGCCCCAGGUCGUUUCAGCCGACGGGUUGCUAGUCGACUUUGACGGAACCAUAAUCGACAGCACAGAAGCAAUUGUCAAACACUGGCACAAGCAGGGUGAAUUGAUGGGAGUCGAUCCCAACGUCAUCCUUGCUACUUCACAUGGGCGACGAAGCAUCGAUACCUUCAAGAUCUACGACGCAUCCAAGGCAAACUGGGAUUAUAUCAGCCACCAGGAAGGUCUGAUUCCCAAGGAAUACGGCCAAAAUGCGGUGGAUAUUCCUGGUGCUCGCAAACUACUGGAAAGUCUCGAGGCCGUCAAUGCGCCAUGGGCGGUGGUGACCUCGGGUACCCGGGCACUCCUCACUGGCUGGAUUGAAGUGCUGAAGCUCGCCCAUCCUCGUUGUGUCGUAGUGGCAGAGGAUGUGGAGGAGGGCAAGCCUCACCCAGAAUGUUAUCUGCUCGGUCGCCAGAGACUGGGGUUGAAAGAGGACGCUCGCAUGAUCGUUAUCGAAGAUGCGCCGUCAGGCGUCCGUGCAGGUAAGGCCGCUGGCUUCAAGGUCAUUGGCCUCACGACAACGCACACGAUUGGCCAGUUAAAGGAAGCGGGGGCCGACUGGAUUGUGCGAGACCUGAGAAGUGUCAGUCUGAAGAGUUUUGCGGAUGGAGUCGUACAGAUCGAGAUCACCAAUGCCUUGGUCAGUGCAUAGCUUAGGUGUCUUUGAUGUGUCUUCUGCCCUGAGAACAUGUGAGCAUGGUGUAUGGCGUUUGGUCAGAGCGAGAGCAAAUGGGGUUUUCGAGCUAGCCUUCCGCAUAUAGACGACGGCUAGAGCGGCCAUGGCGAGGAGAGGGCCGCAUGACCCUGCUUCUCCAUUAUUCGAGCCACAGCCGACGGAUCAUGAUAUGGCAGAUGUGGACGAUUUGUCCACUUUUCUGAACGGUGUACUGUAAAAGGUGUGAUCGGCGGUAGAACUCCGGUCGCAUUCAACAGGUUCGUCUGGCUGGACGUCGUUCCUCGAACAGCACUUUUUCAUACCUCUGGUGUGAAGGCGGUGAUUGACAGUACCUGCAUAAGGCUUCUGGAUGCUGUCACGCUGUCAGGGCCGGCGACGUUCGCUGCAGGGUCCCACGCCUACGGCUGCGCAACGUGGGAAGCAUAGGUACGUACCCGGCACAUGUGCAACCUCUGUGCAGCAGUUGGAGGGCAACCAAGACCAAAAAAAGAGGCUUGCGACCCGGAGGCAAAUCAGGUCGGCCACAGCGAUGUGUCACUCACUGGUUGAUGAGGUGAUGGCCGAGGAUGAAUUGGACAAAGCGUCGACCAUGAUGGUCAAUGCUGCGCUGGAGCUGCGGAUAGCAGAUGAUACCUCCCACCUGUGCCUCCUACCUACUAGAGUAGGCGAUGGCAGCUGUCAGGCCUUGCGAGGAGACCCAAGUAAAGUCAUGCCGUAUGGAUAUUACCCUCGCCUCUUGCUCUUUGAUCGCAGCACCGGGACAUGAAGCUGUUGUCUGUACAUGUGUGGUCGGAAAGGACGGCGAUCAGAGCACUCACCGAAUUGUGCCUAACUGAGUUUGUCUUAUCGCGCGAGGUCGCCGUAGUCUAUAGUGACAACAAGCUUCUAAGUCCAGAGAAGCAUAUGGGAAGAGUAUUCUCGAGUACAGGAGCAACGUCGUCCACAGCGAGCAAG